GGCUGGCCCCGGGAGCCUGUGGGAUGCUGGGGAUGGAACCAGAGUCAGCGAUGCAAGGCGAGUACCCUCCCUCCUGGUACUGUCUCUCCAGCUCGACCCUCCCCUUUCUUGAAGGAAUUUGAGGCAAAGAGAAAACUAAGGGGAAGUUAUCGAAUGAGUGAAUAAAAGCCCAGAAAGCAGGUGAGCAUCUUCCUGAUGGACAAAAAAAAAGGACUCACUCCUGGCUGUGCUAGGGGACCCUAUGGAAUGCCGGACAUCAAACCCAGGUCGGCUACGUGCAAGGCAAAGGCCCGUCCCACUGUCAUAUGGCUCCAGCCCCGGAAUGUGGAUCAGUCUGGCUUUACCCUUCAUUUGAAGGAAAAGAAAAGAAAAAAAAAAAAAACCCUGAAUGGCGAUGUCACCGGAGAGAAAUUUGGAGUUAGCCGGGUCUUCAACGAGCUACAGUAUAGGAUUUGUAUUAUUGGCACUAUCAACCUCCUUCCACUGCCCCCUGACUGAUACCAAUUCUGAAAGCAAGCGUCCUCCUGAUUAGCUGCCCCAGCUAUCGACCUAGAAUCUUCCUGAAACUCAGCAAUGAGUCACCCAUUGCUGAAGCACAUAGCUGUGGUGACACUUAAUAAAUUGGCAUGCGGCCACAGAAACUUUGGCACAAAGCAUAUCACUAGAGAACGCGACCAGUAGAAGAACGCUAUGGCUUCUGGCAGAGGUUCCUUGGCUGAGGAUCCUACCUUGAGGAGAAAGAUUGAACCCUUGGAGUUUGUGAAUUUCUUCGACCCCAGACAGCUCCGGAAGGAAGCCUGCCUGCUCUACGAAGUCCAGUGGGGCAGUAAGAGCAAAUGGACGCACACAGCCAGGAACACCACCCAGCACGUCGAGAUCAACUUCCUAGAGAGGCUGACCACAGAGAGGCAUUUCCAUCCCUCAGUCCGCUGCUCCAUCACCUGGUUCUUGUCCUGGAGUCCCUGCUGGCAAUGCUCCAAGGCUAUCCGAGAGUUUGUGACUCAGCACCCAAGUGUGACUCUCGUCAUUUAUGUGGCACGACUCUACUGGCACAGGGAUGAACAGAACCGGCAAGGACUUCGGGAGCUCAUUAACAGUGGAGUGACCAUCCAGAUGAUGAGAAUCCCAGAGUAUGAUUACUGCUGGAGGAAUUUCGUGAACUACCCACCUGGGGGAGAACAAUGCUGCCCAAGAUAUCCGCCUCUGUUCCUGGAACUGUACACAUUGGAACUCAACUUCAUAAUUCUAGGUCUUCCUCCCUGCAUCAAGAUUUCAAAAUUAGGGUGGGGUCCGUUUGCCAAUUUCAGUGUUAUUCCUCAAAACCAUCGUUCCCCUAUGACCCCUCCCCUGUUUGGUAUCUACAAUAUUGUAAAGCGUUUUCCGAUGACCUGAAGACAAAUACGAUCAUCCGCAUGUAUAUGGUUUCAAGACUGGGCAUUGGUGAUCCAUGGAAGAAUCAAGAUUCACCCUCCUCCUUUUAUUUUUCCCUCACGAAGAGGAUCUGGUAAACCAGGAAGGAACCCCGCCCCUCCCCCCACCCAUCCUUCCACCAAAGCUGAAACCAGGGGGCUGGAGCGAUAGCACAGCGGGUAGGGCAUUUGCCUUGCACGUGGCUGACCCGGGUUCAAUUCCCAGCAUCCCAUAGGGGUGCACCCCCUGAGCACUGCCAGGAGUAAUUCCUGAGUGCAUGAGCCAGGAGGAACCCCUGUGCAUUGCCGGGUAUGACCCCCACCCCCCAAAAAAAAAUAAAGCUGAAACCAGGCCUAGAGAGUUCAUGAAGGGGUCCAGGGGUUUGCCUUGCACACAACCAACCUGGUUCAAUCCCCACAUAGGGUCUCCGGAGCUCCCAACCCCACCUCAGGAGUCACUCCUGAGCACAGACCCAGGAAUAAUCCCUGAGCACUGGCCAGAGGGGACUUCGAAAAACAAAACUUGAAACAAGACCCCACCCCCCAAAAAAUGGGGGGAAGGAGAUGUACACACGUUUCCUCCAAGAAAACCUAAACACAGCCGCCAGGUCCGGGCAGAGGUAUUCAUUAUCACUCCUUCUUGGGGCAAAGCAAGUCAAAAUCACAACGAGAUAUCCAGAAGAGUGAGUGAUCUGUAUGGAAAAGACUGGAAACAAUGAGUGAUGGAAGGGGACUCUCAGAGACUGCUGGUGAUACUCUUGUCUGGUUCGGUCUCUUUGGAAAAAAAUGGCUUGGAGACAUUUUGCAACUUUAUGAAUAGAAUUUCCAUAGAAAGGACCCAGGAGAAGACAAAAACAUUCAUCCUACGAGAACUGGGUGCUGAAAGUCGGUAGAAGGAUAUACGUGAGGGGCUGGAGUGAUAGCACAGCGGGUAGGGCGUUUGCCUUGCACGCAGCCAGCAUGGCUGGCCCAGGUUCGAUUCCCAGCAUCCCAUAUGGUCCCCCAAGCACCGCCGGGAGUGAUUCCUGAGUGCAUGAGCCAGGAGUAACCCCUGAGCAUCGCGGAGUGUGACCCAAAAAGCAAAAAAGGAUAUACGUGAUAACUUUAUGGUACCAUAAACCAUAAUAAACCAAAAAGGCGGGGGAAGGAGAGAGGAGAGGGGGAGGGAGAAGAGAGGAGGAGGAGAAAGAAGAGAGCGGCAGAGAGAAAGAAAUGAGGAUGAGAGAGAGGAGAGAGAGAGAAGAAAGUCUGGUCAAGGCAGACUGGGGUAGGGGUUGGCAGGAGGGAAACUUGGGGACAUUGGUGGUGGGAAACGUACCCUGGUGAAGGCACGGGUGUUGGAACAUUGACU